AAGAUUUCCAAUCUCUCGGUUUAGAAGGUUCACCCUCGUUCUUCGACCGUAAAGUUAAGACCCGCUUCGGUAAGUUUGACUCUAAUUAGGCAGAGGUAAGAGGGGCGGUAAAAAUGCCAAAAAAAUAUCAAAUAGCUUCUCUGGAGGAGCUGGCCCUUCGGUCUGUUGGUAGAUUUGUCACGGAUGUUGGGCGUCAUAUAAUUAAGCCCGUUUGCACCAUCUCGCUGACAGAUCCAGCCCAUGGCAUAGCGACAUUACAAUUAUGGCUGCAGUGGAUCAAGCACCAAUUAGUUUCUAGUAUACCUUGGUAUCUUUAUGACAGAAUGUCCGUGGAGGUUUUGAAGGCUAUUUUAAAUCUGAUUAACGAAACUAAAAAUAGUUUUAGCCAAUAUUUUCCAAUAACCACGUAUUUGUCUGAGAUGAAUGUCAUAGUUAAUCUAACGGAAGUUGUCAUACACUCGAAUUUAAAGACCAUUGAGUUUUCCAUCUGGCCUAAAAUCAUGAGGCAUGUUUUGUAUAAAAACUUGAAUGCAAUGACUGGUUUAGAGGUCUUAGACCUAGGUUCGGGCUCUGCAGGUUGGAGAACUUCGGGGAUAGAGAAAAUGAUCAUUGGGGGAGUUUCAUCUAUGCCCAAUUUAAUGUCAUUUACGCUGUGCUUCGAUUGCACAGACAGCAUAGUUACGGCUAUUGGGCAAAACUGUCCAAAACUACGGAAACUGGAUGUUACAGCUUCUAGGUCUGUUACGGAUAGAUGUUUGACGGUCUUACGAACAUGCUGGCAAUUGCGUCAGAUCCAAUUAUUUAGAACAUCGGUUUCGAUUGCGGGUUAUGCAGAAUUGCUAUCAGAGCAUCCAAAUUUAGAAGAUAUAGGCAGAUGUGAUGAGUUCGGCUACGUCUUAGAGCACAUUAGAAUUACAGGUAGCUACAAACAGCCCUUGAAUUUGAAGGUAUUCGAAAGCCGAGAUGUUACAACUGAGCACUUGCAUCUGCUAGUAGAAAUGUGCCCAAAUUUAAUAAAAGUUUCAAUUGUACAUGACGAGACUAUUAAUGAUGUUUUGAUUUUAUCUGCAUUAAAUAAUUUAACAGAGCUCAAACUUUUAUGCUGUGAUUUUUUCACGGACAGAAUUAAAGAACUUCUUGAAACUAAGGGUUCGAAGUUAACUAAUCUACACCUAGAGCACGUCAAUGAAAUAGAUUUGAACGCUCUUGUCUACAUAAGCCAGUUUUGUCCGAUAUUAAAAAAUUUAGUGCUCUACAAUUGCGAAUUCGUUGAACAUGCAGCGGUGAUACCAAAAAAAUUAUUCGUGCCACCUUUCAAAUAUUUAGAACGUAUAAAGUGCGUAGCUGACUGCGCACAUCUGCAUCUCGAAUUUCUGCUAUCCCAUUGCAUAAAUAUUAAAUUUAUACAAUUGGGAUCGUCUACUGGAAUCGGGGAUGACACAAUGGCCAGAGUUUUGUCUAAAAAUCCUAUGAAUAAAUUGGAGGAGCUCAAAAUUCUUUACAGUGAUGAUUUAUCUAUGAAAACUGUUCGCUUAUUGAUGCAGAAUUGUGAUAAUUUAAGACGAUUGUCAGAAUUAGAAAGCUGGCAAGGUAUUUCCAUGGCAGAAUUAAACGUAUUUCAGAAUGAGUUGAGAAUAAUUAACAUCGACUUAGAUAUAAGCCCGACUUUGUCGUUAGCAUAAUGUUGAUACAAUUUUCAAUCGAAUACCUUGUACUUUGGAAUAAUAAAAAUAAUUAUCAUUAUAAUUAUAAUAAUAUUAGUCGCAAAUAGGUUGUUCCAAGGUCUAUUUUUGUGACAAUUUAUAUCGACUAGAACGAAGAUUUUCACUUUUAUAACGCACGAAAACAGAGUCGCCUGGGAUAAAAAAGAAUUAAAAAACUCGAUGAGAUCAAAAAAAACUUCCAGUAUCAAUUAUUGUAGGCAUUACCGCUACAUUAGAUGGUUUAUUUUCUGAUCAUUUUCAAAUCAAUGUGACAAAAAAUAAAAUGGUCUAAUGGUUUUAAAUUGUCAGAAAAUAAGAAAUAUUUAAUUAUUCGGAUUUUGAAAGAUUUUCCGCAUUAUAGCAUUGCUCGAGGAAAAUUGUAGUUUUUAUUAAUUCACGCCCAUUCUUGUUGAAGUUGAUAAAAUUUGAAGUGAUAGUUCGAAAUAGACGAAAAGUGAACUUGUUAAAUGGAUACCUCAUGAUUAACGUCAAAUCUCAGUUUUUUAAGUCGGUAAUCUCGCCUCUGACGCGGUUGAAUAUUGGAUAUACUUUGUACCUUAGUAAAUGAAUCUUCAAAUAUUGAUCAGCAAUUUAAUUUAAUGAACCAGUUUAUAAGAAUGUCAUUUUUCGGAAUAAAUAUCACAUAAUGAGUUGUUAUUUUUGAAUUUGAAAUUGAUACAACGAUGCUGUUCAUGAAUAACCAUGAAGUUGAAUAAUUGAUUGAAUUUUUAGAAUUUGAACUUGCUACUUGUAUUGAAUAUCGUGUGCUACGUCAUUUAAACACAAGUAUGAACGACUAUGUAAGAAAGAAUACAUCUCGAUGUAUUAUUAUAUUAACGUCGAUAUUAGAUUAGCUUAAGAUUACAACACGUAUCAGAAAAUCAAUGGGUAUAGCUUUUGUUACCUACCAAAUUAGUGUCAAGUCGUAAUAACUGUUUAAAAUAAUGUUACGUGUAUUAAUUAAUUGCUUAUGUGCUACGCUAGAUUCCAAUUCACUGAAGAUAAGAGAUUUGGAUCAACUUAAAUUUACUCAGCAAUUAAAUUCACUGCUGUGACUGCUACUCUUGUACUAGUCAUACCGAUACUACGAAUAGAUGAUUAAGUCUUAAUCGAGUGCCUAUAUUUUUUUAUAUCAUUAUUAGCAUUUCUACCGGCUGGGAAUGUUACGAAUUUUUAUAUUACUGUAUUCAUUUACGAAUCAAUACGAUGUACCAUUUUAAUAUGAUCGAGAAUAUACUAUACAAUUUUAAUCAUU